UGCUUGGUGUCACGUGUGUGCGUUGUAUUGUUGCAUUGUGUGAGUUACUUCUGCUGCAGGAAGCUGCUGUGUUACAAAACAAAGACUGAGGAGAUACAGCAACAUGAAGUCCCUGGGGUGUUUGCCUCUCCUUGCUGUGAUCUGCGCCCUGUCCGCCCAUGGGGCCAGAGCCAGGUUGACUAUCUCUGGGCCACAGUAUCCAGUACAAGAGGGAGAUGACGUGGUCCUGGAAUGUCUUUCAGACAGUGACACCGAUAUGGGGAACUAUACGUUUCAGAAAUACAGCACAUGGAUGGGGUCUUGGGUUCAACUGGACGCCAUUCGGUAUCUGCGAUGCUGGUUCUUCAACGUCAACAUUUCUCGCACCGAUGGACGACUGCUCAUGCAACUCAACGAUAUCUCCGAUUACCAGAAAGGGCCGUACCGCUGUGUGUCAAGCGGGAACCAGACCAGCGACUACGAGGCGUCAGACAAUGUCACCGUCUCUGUCAUCUAUUUGCAGGAUAUUUACAUCCAGAGUGGCCACUCCUGGCGCUACACUGUCUCUGAUUACUUGUGGGUGGAAGAAGGUUCCACAAUGGAAGUGACAUGUGUGUCCUAUUCCUCAGAGGAGCCGUAUUACUCGUGGAGCCAAGAGGACAGUGACUGGAUUUUACCCUCUGACACCCUCCUCAUCAAAAAUGUGAACAAAGCUCACGAAGGGAUCUACAUCUGCCAGGCCCGGCACCCCCAAAUGUACAGUCUGGUGAAGACCAAGUCCUUCCAGCUCAUGGUGAUGGAGAGAGGAACACAGCCAGUCAGAGAAGCAGUUUUCUCGGCCGACGUACCAGAUUUUCUACUGUACAUAACUAUUCCUGCUGUGCUGCUGGCAACCCUCGUCUUCUUCAUCUUCUUCAUCAUCUUUCGUCACCGCAGGCAGCAACUCAGGAAGCCGCAGAUCAGCCUAGUGGAUGGUGAGAAGAGGUCCCCCAUAUACAGAGGGAGCCUCCAGUCUGUGCGCAGCACCACCUCGGACACGCAGCCCUUGGUCAUGUGAUUGGAGGGAGCAGGACCGCCUGGGACAUGUCGUCUUCCCUGCUUCAACUUCACAGCGUGUUCCCAACCAAAUAAAGCCUACUGCUUUCCUCUAUGUGCCUCGUCUGAAUCCGGUGGAGGGAAUUCAAGGGACGGAAAAGAGAAAUAUGUUUGUGUGAUGUUAUUAAUCGAUUCAGGGUUUAAAAAAAAAAAAAAAAUCUUACUGUAGUACAUGGUGAUUUAAGACUUUAAUCAAACUUCUUUUAUGGCAAACCUGAUCGCUGUGACACUGCUUACUCUGCAAUGCCUACUUCAAAGACCAGCAAUUAGCCCGGCAACUUGGGGUACCAAAGAUUUCAGACUUGUUUCUUGUGCUGUAGUUGGUAAUUGGAUUACUACAGAUUUCUGUAGUUGGGUUCUGCAAGCUGGCUUCCUCCUGUCUCCAUGGAAGAAUUGCACCCUUUGUCCCUCUAAUCUGUCAGCAUUCAAUGAGGUUUAGAACAACUUGGCCCUAGUCCUUCUAAGAGCAGAUGAUGGAUCUGAAUUGCUUGGCCCAAGUACAAAGCUUUGCUCCUGUGAUAUACUGUAUUUGUGCCAUGUUCCGGGUUAUAGUUAUCACAAAUCUAAAGCCAAGUAUUACUGUCUUACGCAUUUAGCGCACAAAAAUAGCACCCCAGCAUCCGAUAACGGACAGGACCUGUAGCUACUCCCAUAUCCGGAUGUGGUUCAUUGGGUCGACAACUAUUGGUCAACAGCGACUAGGUCGACACAGCCAUCAGGUCGACAUGGAUAAAGUUUUUUAAUAUAUUUUUUGUGUCAUUUUCUUUGUAAAUGACCGAGAACCCCAAUUAGUGCACCGAGUCCCAUCGCGUGGCUCACUUCGCUCGCCAUGCUUCGGGCGGCGGUCAGGUGGCCGACGCCGGUAUCUUAACAGCUGGAAUACCGGUGGCGAGCGCUGUGGUCGCCAUGUUUCGGGCCCAGUGGAGACCUUUGGUAGCCACAGGGUUAUAUUUUUCCGCCUCGUGUGGUGGAGUGGACCACCACCCGAGUGUGUAUUCUGGGCGGUGGUCGGUAUUGCAACCGCCGUUGUUUCACCAGGUUUCAGGAUUCCCGAGUCGGAAUUCUGACCGCCGGGACCCUGGUAGCUGGCAACUUGAAUGCCUUCCAGCCCACAUUGCAACUGAUAGGGUUGUUGGCCGCAGUCACAUUAAUGUACGUAGACUUUCCAUACCAAAGUACUUUCUACAAGCUGUACCAACGCUAGAAGACCCAGGGCCUGAUGCAGUACAUGUCCUGCGCUGUCGGAGGCACUGCGGCUGCAGACGGCAAGAGAUUGACAGUCGGCAGCCAUUUGGGGAUGGAGAUGGAAGCUGUUUCCCAAAACGCAGACACGUCUCCUCUGUUUUAUUGAAGUGCCGAGACUAGGAUCUCCGUCGGAAGCCUGCGAUCUCCUGGUCUCUUGGUGGGAGCUGCGGCGGCCAGCUUGUGUGACCCCAAGGAUCACUCAGCACAGGAUCACACAUGCAUGCAGGAGGCAGACGCAGCGGCGCCCUCUCCAUCCACAUCUGAAACAGGCCCUUUGUGCAUAAACAACCUUUCAAAUGUUAGUGCAUGGAACGAAUACUGGCAGCCGAGCUGUUCUCCCUUGCCUGUCAAAGCAAGAAACCAGAGGAGUUGGUUUCUUGUGACCGGUGGUUGGGAGACCGCUGGUCACCAUACCGACGCCGGGAUCCUGGCUGUCAGAUGGCCUGCGAGAGGGACAAGCACAACGAAGCCCCUGGCAGGCUCGCUGCGCUCACAACGGUAUGGAUCACGUGGCUGUUGUUGAACUACAAGUCUCUGCAUGCCCUGCCUGGGGAGCUUUCAGAAACCACUGUAUGGUGACAGGUUUGUAGAGCGUGGAAUCUAGACACAUCCCCACAAGUUCAUAAACCGGGUAAGCUUUGCAUUGCCGGCGCUUAGCAAUGUGUGCCAAGUAAUAUGACUUCAGCCAGGAUCUUGUAAUGAAUAGAGGGGUAUGGGUCGUUGGGUCGACUCAAGUUAGGUCAACCAUUGAAGGUCGACAUGGGCAUUAGGUCGACAUGCACUAGGUCGACUGGUGAAAAGGUCAACAUGAGUUUUUAGAUUUUUUUUGGUGGUGUUUUCUUCGUAAAGUGAUGGGGAACCCCAGUUAGUGCACCGUGUCCGCUCGACAUGCUUCGGGCAAGGUGCCUCGCUCCGCUACGCUCGGCAUAGGUUACCGUUCCCAAUCGUAGUCCACGUGGAUCGUCAAGAAGGAAAAAUCCAAAAAAUGAAAAGGAAAAAAAAGUGAAAAACUCAUCUCGACCUUUUGACCUAUUGGCCAUGUCGACCUUAUUACCUUCGACCUCAGCUGUGUCGACCUAACGAUCGUAUCCAGAUUAGAGAAUAUUAAAGACCAGUCCUAGCUUUUGGAUGGUAAUAAAAGUGGAUGAUGACGGGAUAACCGCACACUUCCCUAUCAUAUAUGUAAGAAUGUGGUCUAUCAGUUCAUUAGGAGAUAGUGACAUCACUCAAGCGGGAAGUUUACCCACAGUGAUGUCACAAAGUCCUAGUGCACUUUUGAACUGCAUUUCCCCUAAAUAUUGGUUCAGACCUCAGAAUAGGGUGUGUGUGUGUGUUGGUGUGUGCGUGUUUGUGUGAGGAGCGUUUAUAAAUAUUUGGCAACGUAUCGCACUAGUUGACAUAUGAAACAGAUAAUGAUGGAAGUUUGGGGGGGAGGGGGGGGGUGUAGUUGUUUUAUUUGAAUAUUUUCUUCCUGUUUUCUUUUCUGCGCUUGGAUGUCCAAUCCCUGCAGCGUUUCAAAAGCCAUACUGAAUAUUACAGCACAUUAAUGCACAUUUUUAUAUGACUCGAUGUUGUGUAUGAAUCACUGUUCUAGAUUUACCUGUGUUAAGUUUUUCUUGUACUAAUAAAGUUCGACAUUGGACACCUGA